CGGAGGGUGUCUUGCAGGGGUCAUGUGGAUGAUGGAUGGCUACGAGUUGGGUAUAACUUGAAGCCCGAGUUUCUUUUCGAAGGGUUCCUCACGAGUGUCUGGAUAUCCGCAAUCCAUUUUUAUCUUGACCAUACCAUACCAACGCUACAUCAAAGCCAGUCCUGUGACAUCGCAGGAGAGUGAAAGCAUCCCAACCCUCGCCAAAAAAGAAAAUGGCAGCGCAAAAUGCCCCAUCUAGAGAAUGGUGGAAGGAGGCCGUGGUCUACCAGAUCUACCCCGCCAGUUUCCUGGACUCUAACGGGGACGGGCUCGGCGACCUCCGCGGCAUCAUUUCCAAGCUGGACUACAUCAAGUCCGUCGGCGCCGACACCAUCUGGCUGUCGCCCAUCUUCAAGUCCCCACAGAAGGACAUGGGCUACGACGUGGCCGACUACCGCGACAUCCACGAGCCGUAUGGCACAUUGCAAGACGCAGAGGCGCUCAUCACGGCCUGCCACGCGCGCGGGCUGAGGGUGCUGUUCGACCUGGUCGUCAACCACACCAGCGACCAGCACGCCUGGUUCCGGGAGUCUCGCUCGGCCCGCACCUCCCCCAAGCGCGACUGGUACCUCUGGCGCGACCCCAAGACCGGCCCGGACGGCGCCCGCCGCCCGCCCAACAACUGGGCCUCCAUCUUCGGCGGCAGCGCGUGGACCUGGGACGAGCCCACGGGCCAGUACUACCUGUCGCUGUUCCUGCCGUCGCAGCCGGACCUGAACUGGGCGUGCGCAGACAUGCGCGCCGCGGCGCACGCCGACAUGGCCUUCUGGCUCGACAGGGGCGUCGACGGGUUCAGGAUCGACUCCAUGAACCUCAUGUCCAAGCACCCGGAUCUGCCCGACGCGCCCGUCACGGACCCCGGCAGGGAGUUCCAGUCCGGGGAUUUGUACUUCGCCAGCGGGCCCCGCAUGCACGAGUACAUCCGCGAGAUGCGGCGCGAGGUGUUCGACAAGUACAGCAGCGGCGGCCGGCGCGUCAUGACGGUCGGCGAGCUGGGGUUCACCAAGGACGAGGGCAGCGUGGCCGAGUACGUGGGGCGGGCGCGGGGCGAGCUGGACAUGGUGUUCACGGGGGACGUGGUGGACAUGGACUUUGGGGCCGGGCACAAGUACGAGCGCGACGACUUCAGGGUGGCGAAGCUGAGGGACAUUACGGCCAGGUGGCAGGCCGCCAUCCCCGCGUGCGACGGCUGGAAUGCCGUGUACAUGGAUAACCACGACUCGGGCCGGUCGCUGUCGCGGUACGCGUCCGACGACCCGAGGUAUCGCGCGGCGGCGGCGAAGAUGCUGGCUACGUACCUGGGGAGCGUUUCUGGGACGCUGUUCCUGCUGCAGGGGCAGGAGAUCGGCAUGGCUAAUGUGCCGGCGUCGUGGGGGAUGGAGGAGUAUGUCGAUGUCGAGGCGAAGAAUUACUAUGACGCCGUGCGGAAGGUGAGGGGUGAGGGGGCUGAUAUGGGGGACGUGCUGAGGGAGAUGAGGUUGAAGGCUCGAGAUAACGGGCGGCUGCCGAUGCAGUGGAGUGCCGAGGAGAACGCGGGUUUCUCCAGGGGUGGGAGGCCGUGGAUGAGGGUGAAUGAUGACUUUAGGGAGUGGAAUGUCGAGAAACAGGAGGUGGACCCCGACAGCGUGUUGGCUUACUGGAGAGAGGUGCUGGAAUUGAGGAAGAGGGAGUUCGAUGUCUUUACCUACGGCCGGUUCAAGAUGCUGGAUGUCGAGGGGACCUCGGAAGAUGUGUUUGCGUACACGAUGACCAGCCCCGACGGACGGAAGAAGGCCCUUAUCCUCUUGAACUUUUCGGACACUGAGCAGCCGUUUAGUGGCCGUGGCUUUGAGGGCUGGAGGAGGCUGCUGGGAUCGAAUGUGGCGGUAGAGGUGGGGAAGGACGGAGUCAGGUUGGGGGCAUAUGAAGGUGUUAUCUUCUGUAACUGGUUAUUAAACUAAGAAGUAGGCAUCGAACAUGGAAUAUUUGCAUCUAGUAUGAUCUAGAUUUUGCAGAUUUGUUUCCAUCUAACAAAGAUUGGACCCUAAUUAUCAAUCAACCAUAGCAACAAA